UAUGCCAAAGUUUUUCAAUUUAUUUAUAGUGUAUAUUUUCUAAAUUUUGUGUAUUUCAUUUAUCUUAAAAUAUAGUAACAAAAAGUAACUUAAUGACGUUGUAGUUUUUUUUUUAUAUUAUGUAGUACGGAUUUAAUGAUUCUGAUGCUACUUUUCUGUCUGACGUAGACAGUCUCCGGGAUUUGUGGUCUCACCUCACAGUUCAAAUUCCGUAUUUGGGAGUUUGGGACUCCACACCAAUAUCCUAGACAUUUACGCACAGAGUACUUAUUAGCACCCAGAGAUUUGGAUUCAAGCCCAGACUUAUCCCAAGUCUCUGAUUUAUAAAGCAAUCUUUUUUCAUAUUUUAUUCAAAUUACAAUAUAUAUUUCGAAUAUUCGUUUAAAAAGGAAAUAUAAGAAAUGUCGACGCGUUGGUAUCCUAUAUACCAAAGAGGUAAUCCACAACUUAGGAUAUUUCUUCCUAACUUUUGGAUGAAGUUGGUGCAACCCUCACCAAAGCAAUUACCUAAUAUUGUGCAUUUCCAGUGCUCAAUGGAAAUGACCAAAUAUGAUAUCAGGAAUUAUUUAGAAAAAAUCUACAGCAUCCCCAUAAUUAAUGUGAGAACAAAGAUUGCAUUAGGUAAAUUCCGUAAGGAUGUAGGUAGAGGUUAUGUCGUCAAAGACGAUGAUAUAAAAUAUGCCUUUGUGACAUUGCCCAAAGAUACAAAAUUUAAAUUUCCUGAUAUUUUUGAAAAAGCUAAGGAUACUGAUGAUGACCAUUUGAAAUCAUUAGAAGAAGCAAAGAAAUCCUUCAGAAAUUAUAUAGAUCGCAAUAAGGAUAGAUCUGAUGUUCCAAGCUGGUUUUCUAUAUAAUCUAGAUUUAAAUGACUAAAUGUGUAAAGAUAAAUGUAUAAAUAAUUUAGUAGUUAUUAAAAUAAUAU